AUGCCGACAUGUCACCAGGACCUCUUUUUCACGUUUUUGAGGCGAGUGCUGUGGAUCCACGCAAGCAAGCUUCCCGGACAGCUGUCCUCAGGACUGAGCGAGGAACACGUACUGCACCGUGUGAAGAAAGGUUGCCUCGUGCUGUACGGACUGGGUACUGCUGUCCUCGUCCUCCAUUUUUGCUUUACCGUGGGGACAGGGCUGAGCAACGGCUGCCUGGCCAGCAUCACCGCUUCCUCCGCGGCGACGGGAAAAACCGACACCAGCAACCGCCACCUCCCGCUGCCUGGAGCUGCCACGGGACGCCUGUCCCCAUCUCACAGCGUGGCCUUGGGGCUGCUCUGCGCCGUCCCUUCCCGGGGCCCGGGCUGUGUCGGGGCCGUGGUGAAGAAGAUGGGUGGCUUAGGGCUGCUGGCUAUGGAUGUGCCGGAGGAGUACAAGGGAGCAGGCCUCGACUACCUGGCUUAUUCUAUCGCGGUGGAGGAGAUCAGCAGGGGCUGCGCAUCCACGGGUGUCAUUGUCAGCGUCAAUAAUUCUCUGUAUUUAGGGCCAAUACUCAAGUUUGGCUCUGAAGAACAGAAGCACAAAUGGAUUGCUCCCUUCACCAGCGGAGAGAAAAUCGGCUGUUUUGCCCUUAGCGAGCCAGGAAAUGGCAGUGACGCAGGUGCGGCAUCCACGGUGGCACACCUGGACGGGGACGAGUGGGUUCUGAAUGGCACCAAGGCCUGGAUCACCAACGCCUGGGACGCCUCGGCCACCGUGGUGUUUGCUACUACGGAUAAAUCCCUGAAACACAAGGGCAUUAGCGCGUUCCUGGUUCCCAUGCCAACUGCUGGGCUGUCACUGGGGAAGAAAGAAGACAAGCUGGGAAUCCGAGCCUCUUCCACUGCCAACCUGAUCUUUGAGGACUGUCGGAUACCCAAGGCCAACCUACUGGGGCAGCUGGGAAUGGGCUUCAAAAUCGCCAUGCAAACUCUGGAUGCAGGGAGAAUUGGUAUCGCCUCACAGGCUCUUGGAAUAGCACAGGCAGCUCUGGACUGUGCUGUGGAUUAUGCUGAAAAGAGAAUGGCCUUCGGGGCACCCAUCACGAAGCUACAGGCAGUGCAGUUUAAGCUGGCAGAUAUGGCGCUGGCCUUGGAGAGUGCGCGCUUGCUGACCUGGAGAGCUGCUAUGCUGAAGGACAACGGGAAGCCCUUCACAAAGGAAGCGGCGAUGGCCAAGCUGGCUGCAUCAGAAGCUGCAACGGCCAUUGCUCAUCAGGCCAUCCAGAUCUUGGGUGGAAUGGGCUAUGUGACAGAGAUGCCAGCAGAACGUCAUUACCGCGAUGCCCGCAUCACCGAGAUCUAUGAGGGGACCAGUGAGAUCCAGAGACUGGUGAUAGCAGGUCAGCUGCUGAAGGCCUACCGCGGCUGAAGGCGCUGACUGGAGCAAGACAGUGCCCCAAAGUGCCUCGUACCGGCGCACAACAGUGACUGAGUCUUGGCCCUCCUGAAUGAGGCGAAGGACGGUUUUCCUCACCAAUGAAUAACUGACUCUCUUGUUAAAACGUGCUGUUUCUUCUCUGGACAAAGUACGGUGCGUGGAAGGC